AUGGUGGACGAUGAGGCUGUUGUCGGAUCCUCCUUCGCUGGAGGGUCUGCACAUCGAACCAGGAGGUACAAACCCAGUACUGCAAAGAUGGAGCGCCAUGCUGACUUCAAUAGGCGACGGGGGAAGCGCGAUGUCUUCCAAGGCCAGGCCACCUGGAUGAGCAGCGUGAUCAAUUUAGUCAACACCAUCGUCGGCGCCGGUGUCCUCGCCAUGCCUCUCGCCUUUUCGCAUAUGGGAAUCGUCCUUGGAAUAAUCGUCGUCGUCUGGGCUGGACUGACCGCUGGGUUCGGUCUUUACCUCCAGGCAAGAUGCGCGCAGUAUCUCGAUCGGGGUUCUGCUUCUUUCUUCGCCUUGUCGCAGCUUACGUAUCCCAAUGCGGCCGUCAUUUUUGAUGCUGCGAUCGCCAUAAAGUGUUUUGGUGUAGGCGUGAGCUACCUUAUAAUUAUUGGCGACCUGAUGCCUGGUGUCAUCGAGGGAUUUGUUGGAGGAACUCCUGCGAGCGAGUUCUUGGUCGAUCGCCAUUUCUGGAUCACUGCCUUCAUGCUAAUCGUCAUCCCAUUGUCCUUCCUGCGUCGUCUCGAUUCCCUCAAAUACACAAGCGUCAUAGCCUUAAUCUCUAUCGGUUACUUGGUGAUCCUCGUCGUUUACCAUUUUGCAAAGAGUGACACGAUGGCUGAGCGCGGCCCGAUUCGUGUCAUUGAAUGGGCAGGCGUGGUUCCCGCCCUCAGCAGUUUUCCUGUCAUUGUGUUUGCAUACACAUGUCAUCAGAAUGUAUUUGCCUCAUUCUCGUGCUAA